CUGGAAGGCAUUUCCAUCCUGAAUUCCCUCCGUCGUGGCUCCCGCUCCUCCCACUUCCACUCCCAACAAGAAGUGAUCCUCUCCAUCCUCUCCUACGACGGCGAAGGAAUCCACUACUUCUUCUUCGAGCUGGCUGUCCAAUCGGGUUUAAUCGACGGGAGUCACGUCAAGAGGUUGGGGGAAAUCAGCGCCUGGGCGGAAUUCGGAGGAUGCAGCGCGAGCCUCUCGUUUAAAGGAAGGGAUUUGAACGAAUUGAACGGGGACAUAGUCGCACUGUCGCCGACGUUCGAGAUCGCGCACUGGAGAGGGAAUGGGUGCAACAAUGAAAUUGAAACGAAGAUGGUGAUGAAGAAGCUUUUGAUCGUUCGGGAUUCGCCGAUCUUUGAUCUACAACAUCACAUGGGACUUCUACUGUUGGAGACAAAGGAAUUUGAGGAAGAAUAUGCACAAAUGACAAAUGCUGUUGUGGCUUCUGCAAUCCUGCAAAAACGUGACCAAGCAGCUCAUGCAUCUGCCUUGGCAGAGGAAAAUAAGAGAGAAGAAAGUCUGAGGAAGGCUUUAAGAGUUGAGAAAGAC